GACAAGAACACCUUCUUCGAGGGGCUGUACGAGCAUGGGAAAGACUUUGAAGCCAUCCAGAACAACAUCGCUCUGAAGUAUAGGAAGAAGGGCAGGCCUGCGAGCAUGGUGAAGAACAAGGAGCAGGUCCGGCACUUCUACUACCGCACCUGGCAUAAGAUCACCAAGUACAUCGACUUCGACAACGUGUUCUCCCGAGGGCUGAAGAAGUCAUCGCAGGAGCUGUAUGGCCUCAUCUGCUAUGGCGAGCUGCGCAAGAAGAUUGGGGGCUGUAUGGACGACAAGAACGCGUCAAAGCUGAACGAGCUCAUCCAGGCUGGGGCCACCACGGUACGUUACAAAGGGAGAAACCUGCGGAUCAAAGCACCCAUGUGCCGGGCCCUGAAGAAGCUCUGCGAUCCAGAUGGGUUGAGUGACGAAGAGGACCAGAAGCCAGUGCGCCUGCCCCUGAAAGUCCCUAUAGAGUUGCAGCCACGGAACAACCAUGCCUGGGCCCGCGUGCAGAGCCUGGCCCAGAACCCACGCCUCAGGAUGAUCGUGGAGCUGCACCGAAAGGUCUCCAGCCUCAUCGAAUUCCUGAAGCAGAAGUGGGCACUCCAUGAAGUGCGAAUUCGGAAGACCCUCGAAGAGCGGCAGCUGCAGGACUCGUGUGCUGCGCCCACUCAAGAGAAGGUGAUGCUGCACCUGUUCCCCAGUGAGAACUGCACGCUGACACCGCUGCCAGGUGUGGCCCGUGUGGUGCACUCCAAGGCCUUCUGCACGGUGCACUGGCAGGAGGGCAGCCGGUGCAAGCAGAGCACCAAGGACGCCCAUGCGCUGCCCCCAGCCCAGAUCCUGGGCAUCCAGAGUGGGCAGGGCACAGCCCGGGGCCAAGUGAAGUGCCCGCGGGGCAGUGCUGAGGGCAAGGGCGGGGGACGGCCUCCUCCCACCGCUGACACCUCGCAGAGCUCUGGAGAGAGCUCCCCUGAAAGUGUCCCUGGGGAGGGGGCUGCCCCGAGCCUGAGUAGCCCAGACGCUCCGGACCGGCCUCCCCCCAGGCACCAGGACCCUGAACAACAUCUUGAGAAGAUUCCUACAGCAGGCAGGGACGGCCCCACCCGAGAGCUGGGGCCCUUGCCAUGUGCCUAUGGCCACCUCCCAGACCUGGAGGAUGAGCUCUCACUCCUUGAUCCCUUUCCCCGCUACCUGAAGUCCUGUCAGGACCUCAUUGUCCCUGAGCAGUGCCGCUGUGCGGACACUCAGCCCGGGAGCGAGCACCCUCUCCCUGCAGGAGCUCCCUCCCCAGAUGCUCCUGCACCCCACAGCAGGGAGGCUGCUGACCUUGCCCCACUUGGCCUGGACCCUCAGCCCAGCCCUGGCCCUGGGCUCCUGCCAGAUGUUUGCACUAAAGACUCAGCAGAUGCACCUGCAGAGGAGCCCCAAGAGAAGGGGAGCCCCUCAGAGCCCCCACCGCCUCAGGGACAGCCUGCUGCCAGGCCCCUAAAGGAGGUCCCUGCCAGCCGGCUGGCCCAGCAGCUCCGUGAGGAAGGCUGGAACCUGCAGACCUCUGAGAGCCUUACACUGGCCGAAGUCUACCUCAUGAUGGGCAAGCCGAGCAAGCUGCAGCUGGAGUAUGACUGGCUGGCCGUGCUGGGCCCUGAGGACCAGGGUCCCUGCCCUGGCCCCCCGCCCGCCACUCUCCACAAGCAGCGUCUCCUCAGCUGCCUUCUGAGGCUCAUCUCCACCGAGGUCAACCCCAAACUGGCUCCAGAAGCCAAUGCCAUGUCCAUGGCCUCGGUGAGGCCUGCCCAGGAGGAGCAGUCAACGACUCCCCCAGGGAAGAUGGUGACCAUCAGCUCCCGGAGCCCCCGCUGCCCUCGGAACCAGGCCACCCUCCGCAGCAAGACUUUCUCACCCAGCUCUGCACCUUGCCCCUCAGGUUUGAGAAACCCUCCAAGACCCCUCUUGGUGGCUGGUCCCUCCAGCACAGGAAGCAGUGACUCAGAUGGUGGCCUUUUUGCUGUCCCAACAACUUUGCCACCUAACAGCCGACACGGCAAGCUCUUCUCUCCUAGUAAGGAGGCAGAACUGACUUUCCGCCAGCAUCUGAGCUCCAUCAGUAUGCAGUCAGAUUUCUUCUUGCCAAAGCCCAGGAAAUUACGGAACCGGCACCUGCGGAAGCCAUUGGUGGUCCAGAGAACACUGCUUCCUAGACCGUCUGAGAGCCAGCCCCACAGUGUCUGCUCCUUCUCCGUCCUGUCUAAUUCCUCCAUCACAGGGAGAGGUUCCUUCCGGCCCAUCCAGUCUUCUCUGACCAAAGCAGCUCUGUCUCGGCCAAUUGUGCCCAAGGUCCUUCCACCCCAGACCACGAGUCACCUGGCCAGUGCUAUUGACUUAGCAGCUAAAAGUGCCGGCAUCAUCCCUGGGAGCCCCCUCCCUGUCUUGGAUACUGAGGGCUUGUCUGGCAUCUCUCCACUGUCUUCAGACAAGGUGACAGCUGCCGUCUCAAGUCAGGACUGCACUGGAACCCACCAGAAUGGAGACCCCAUCCCUGCCGUGGGGGGCACAAGCAACCCAUUCAUCAGCGUCCCCUCAAGGCCUGAGCAGGAGCCUGUGGCAGAUGGUUUCCAGGGUGCAUCCAUUCUCUCCUUGUCCGAGCUGCCCAAGGCUCCUCUCCAGAACGGCCUCUCCACACCCCUGCCUUCAACAGAGACCUCCAGCACCCGGCUCUCUCCGCCCAACGUCUCUGCACUGCUGGACAUCUCUCUGCCUGGCCCACCCGAGGACGUGCUGUCGCAGGGGGAGCCCGCCACACACAUCAGCGACUCCAUCAUCGAGAUUGCCAUCAGCUCUGGCCAGUACGGUGAAGGGGUCCCUCUUUCUCCAGCAAAACUGAAUGGCAGUGACAGUUCCAAGAGUCUGCCUUCCCCGUCCAGCAGCCCCCAGCCAAACUGGAUCACCUCUCCCACCCACGACCCGCAGUGGUACCCCAGUGACUCCACAGACUCCUCACUCAGCAGCUUGUUAGCAAGUUUCAUCUCCCCAGAGAAGAGCCGGAAAAUGUUGCCAACUCCUGUUGGGACAAACAGUGGUACCUCCUUGCUUGGCCCCAGCUUGCUGGAUGGAAACUCGCGGGACUCAUUUGUGUCCAGAUCCCUGGCCGAUGUUGCAGAGGUGGUGGAUUCCCAGCUGGUGUGCAUGAUGAAUGAAAACAGCAUUGAUUACAUAUCUCGGUUCAAUGACCUGGCCCAAGAGCUAUCCAUCACGGAGCCUGGCCGCCGAGAGAUUCUAUUCGAUAACGGUGGAGGUGGCCCCCCCACUGGUGACCUCUCCCAGUGACCGCACUUCAUGGCAGGGGCACUCUGCAGGCUGUAUGGUAGGGCUUACAGGCUGGUAGUCCUUAUCUGUGGUAGAUGAAACCUUCUUCAAACUAUAGAAAACAAAUCAAGCCCAGGACCCCACAGACAGUCUGAACAGAGGCACCUCUGCACCCCACAGUGUGCAACAUAUAGGAAUAGCUGGUCACAGCCAAUUCCCAAUGAGCAGAGGGCGGCGGUGUCCCAGGCUGAGGACAGGAACUGCCGUGGUGUGGGAGUGGCACCUCACCAGUGCCGGGCGGCACGAGGCUCUGCAGCGAUCCUGUUUCAGUCCACAUUCUGCCUCAUUGGCUGCGCUAGACAUUCGUGGGUUUUCUCUGUAGGAGAAGGGAGUGUGUAUGCUUUGGCCUUGUCAUUGCAUACUGGGGAGUUGCCAUCUCCCCUCCCUGCAGGGAGGCUCCGGGACACUGCCACUGUCCUUUUGCCAAAUCUGCCACAGUGCAGCCAUCCUUUAUGCGGAUGACGGGGAGGACAGUGGAUGUGGCCUGGGCUCCUGCCUCUUGGUAUCCACACGCUGAGACAGCAGAUACUU